AUGUUGAAGUUCUAUGCUAAAGCCCAUAAAGCAUUUAGUACGCGCAGUGAAUCAAAUCAGGGUCGCUGCAGGAGGAGGGAGGAGGAGGAGGAGGAGGAGGAGGAAAUGGAGAGUGUACGAGCGAUCGAGAAGCACUGGUGGUGGGCGCUUGCAAGUGGUGCUCAGUUCGGGUGGGCAUUGUUUUCGUUCCGGAAAGGCUGCGCCGGGGACUCUCGACUCAUGCCUUUAAAAGCCUUUGCCGUCGCCUCCCUCUUCGUCGGCGCCGCCGCUUCCGCUUCUUUUUCCGCUCUUCAGGCCUCCGGCAUCCACAAGGUGGAGGACCUGAUGGAAGUUGGUGCAAAUAUAAGGACUGGACUUGGGAUUCGUUCAAGGGUUCGAGAAGAGGAAAAGUAGAUCAUCCCUGACAAAGGGUACACGUUUAUAGCUCAAGAAAGGCAAAAGAUUCAAGUUGGGAGGUAACUUACUUGAGUGGGUGAAUUUUAGGUUGUCUGGCAUCAACCUAGAAAAGUUGGAGAAGUUGGAGAUGCAUAUAGUUGUUAUGUGGUCAGUAUCCUCUGCACAUUGCUGCCUCCAGAUGCUCACAAAAAUAAUGUGUGGAUUUUUUGUAUCAUCUACUCAGUUAAUGGAUAAUAGCUGCAUUCUUUCAUCUUCUUUGUGAUUCAGCCUUUUUCAGUUUCA